CCGGAUUUCAAACCCCCCAAAUUAAAUUUAAUCUAUACUUGUUCUUGCAAAAGAAAUACGUUUGCAUCUCUCUCCUCUCCUCCGCCCAAAAUCCCCACGCCGCCGGCCGCCACCGGCGACAUCUCCUGGACGCAUAUGCAUUCAUACCGGUCUCUGGGGUGCUGUAUGUUAUUGACCGCAUAUGAUUUCUUUUGCGUGCAUUUAUUGAUGCUGAGAUUGUAUGAUUGUUAUGUGUCAUCCAUUAAUUCCUCUCCACUUGAUCUACUGUACCUUUACCGAUUUCUCUCUCUCAAUUUCGUAUGUGUUUUUUCGUCUUUAUAUUCGUAUAGCAGGUGCAUAUAAUCAAUGCCUAUUUGCUGGUUUGCAGGCGGGCGGGUAUUAAAUACACAUCCUCACUCAAACAGUGAUUUGCUCCUAGAGAUGGUCGAAGUUCGAUGCGGCCAAGAUUGCCCAGUCGCUAUCGCCAUUUAUAGCACAAAAUCAUUAAUUCUUAGAUUAUUAUCUCAUUGCAUUGAAAAAAUAAAUGCUCCGUUCCAUUAUAAUGGCUUCCUAUUCAUCUGGACGAUGCAUUUAAAGUAAAGGAAAAAGCUUUUCUGCUAUUUAAUACGGAGUUCGUAGUACUACUCAUAGUCUGCUAUCUUUAAUUGGAUCUUCUUCACCUAUGUCUGAUGAGUUUAUCUGUUUUUAGUUUUUCUAGGAUGUAAAUUUGCUCACCUACAUGUAUUUCGAGAAUUCAUAAAAUGGUAGGGUUCUGUUCACUCAAAUAGUCUUAGGUCCUGAAACUUUCAUUAGAGAGUUGUAGAGAAUAGAUUGACUAAUGUGGAAACUAAACUUUAUAACAGAAUUGGUCCUUCGUCACAUUUGUUUUUGCAAGUCCAGGCAUAGAAAAUUAGCUCAAGGGUAGCUGGCAUAGGAAACUUCUAAGCAGGUUAGGUUUUACACCAGAGAUAUCUGGUCAGGAUCACUUGAUGACCAUGGCAAGUUGAGACUGGGAUAAAUGUAUAAUAGCCGCAAACACAUAUCUAAGCUCCCAAAUUUUAUAUGUUAGCCCUAUUGAGACUCUCAACUCCUAAUUCGACAUACUGAGAAGUGAGAAAGCUAGAGAAUCAUCAAGGUUUAUGUAGUUUUUUUAUACUUAUUAUAAGUUGUCUUUAGCGCGUGAUUAUGGAUGUCACGUAGCUGGCUAGCUAAUUAGCUAUGACCCGGCGAAAGAACUAAAUAUAACAGGAUUUUUUUUGUGUUUCUAAUUGGGUUCACUUAUGUGAUCACAUAAUGCUCUGUGAUGUCUUGCAUUGAUGAAAAUUUUGACUCAGGUACUUGUAAAGAAGUACUCAGUGGAACUUAAGUUAGCUUUGGGUGUGCUAAACUGGCGCAAUUAGAGCUUGAGGGGGGCUCAAUAGGACUACCAUUCCUGGUUAAUGAGAUAAAAAUGAGUUUUUCCUUAUCAAAGCACAAAGCUGUAGUUGAAAAUAGAAACCAAUUAACAGAUGUUAAAUACACUUAAGAGCUACUGGAUUUAUAAUGGCUGGAAGUGAAAUGGGGCAUGAUUUGUGUAGGUAAAUAGAUGUCAUCAGUUUGGAAACGUAUAACAUUCAUAACCCAAAUAAUUUCACAUAGUUGUCCCUUCUAGCCAUGUUGUAUGGCUAAAAUCUCUAUGAGGAAUUGAGGAUUGGGUGUAUUGUAUUGCAUACAUGAUACAUCAUAUCCUAACUAGUUCCGGAAUAAGGCUAGUUGGGUACAAAUAUAAAAGUGCAAUUGUUUGAAUUUCAUAUUCACCCACAUGGCCUGAGACGUGUAUAUAGGGCCAUUAAUACAUCAUACCAUGGCAAUAAAUGCUAAUCCAGCACAGGAAUUGUCGGUCGUAUUUCUGCUUCUAUAUUAUCUACUAGAAGAAGGUAGGAGUGGGUACUAUUUCUACCUGACAUGUCAACUACGCUGUGUUUGACUCUCUCUCUCUCACCAUGUCUUUCCGAAGUCUAAUUUUAAAGCAUAAAGCCUGCUUCUUAGUUCAUCACUAUAGACAAGUCAAUUUAGAGAGGUAGAGAUAGAGAAAGAGAGAGAGAAGGAGAAGUGGAAAUGGGGAGAGCACCCUGCUGUGACAAGAAGGGGCUGAAGAAAGGGCCAUGGACGCCUGAAGAAGAUGAAAUACUUAUUGAAUACAUCAAGAAAAAUGGGCAGGGUAACUGGCGUUCCCUUCCCAAGCUAGCAGGUCUUCUCUUUUACUCUAUUUCUUUUCUGUUGCCUUGGGUUCUCUGUUCUGUUUUUUUAAUCCAAGCAUUUUUUAUACCCCUCAGUUUCCAUAUUGUUUGUUAAGAAAACUAUGAAUGUCUGAAUUGUUAUCCACGUAUGACUACCAUAUAGAAACUUUCAUUAAUAGAAAAGUGUAGCAGCUUGGAACUUUGGUUUGUAGUUAUGUGACAGAUGAGAAACGUAGUUUGCAUGAUUAGAAACACAUUGAAGUGGUAAGGUUCCUUUUACAUAUCCAAAAUCUAAUAUACCCAAAUAUUUUCUCUCAAAGUAGUGAUUAAGCAGUGAUCAUAGCAAAGUUUCUGCUUGCAUGUGUCAAGUUUCAACAAGUCAGUUCACUUAAACAGAUUACCUAAAAGGUGAAUAAUUUUGGUUAAUAUUGAAGUUUUUUUCUUUCUGUGUGUUUUAUAUAUUUUUCUUUAUUUAAUUUAUAACCUACAUCUUUUCCCUUGGGUCAUCCGGAAACGGUCUAUAUGUGCUUUAGUACAGAGGUAAGACUGCAUACAUUCGACCCCCUUACCCCACUGUAGGUGGGAGCCUUUGCGUCACUGGGGUAAUCUUUUCCUUUGUUUACAAGUAUUGGCAGAGAAAAAAGACUAGAUCUAAGUGCUAUGCUAUAAAUAAUUAAAUAUAAGAAUGUCUCUAAAUUUUUGUUUUGUUUCUCUCUCUUCCUUGGAUGCCUUUAAGAGAUAUCUUUAAUUUCCUAUAGGCAAAUAGAUGCGGGGGAGUGAGGGGGUUCAGGGUCAGGGUAUGUUUGGAGGUACAGUAAUUGAGGGGCAGGAAUUCUGAGGGCCUAACCUGUAAAAAAGGACAAAUAGGUGCACAUUGGUGUCCCCACAAGUCAAGCGUCCGGGAAGGGCCCGGCCCCACCACAAGGGUGUGUAAGGAGUAAGUCUUCCCUUAGCUUGUCAUUUUGACAAGAUUUGAACCUGAUCAUGUUUUCAUGUUACUCCUUCAACUUUUGUAAAUCCUCAAUUAAGAAUUGAUUCCACUUUCGGUCUCAAGAGUCAAGACUAUUAAGUUAUUUGUAUUUUGGCCCUGGCUUUCAUUUUUUCUGCUUUUGUUCUCACUCAUAGUUUUUUUUUGUCAUUUUUGUCACUUACGGUCUUUGUAACCACUUAUCUAGUCAAUUUCCUAUUGUGUUUUACAAGAAAUGUGGUCAGAAGGACCAUAUGUGAUAAUAAGGUUAUAGUCGUGGGAUCAAAAGUGAAAAAUGAACCUUAAGGACCAAAAGUAGGAAUGUUGUGAUAGCUGUAUGAUAAAAAGUGGAAUUGAUUCCUCAAUUUAUUCCCAAUGACCCUUGAGAAAUGCUCAUGAAAGCUUAAAAAUUAAAAUAACCUUUGAAGUGUACAAGUAAAGGUGCCUCAAAUUCAUCUACUCGAUAAGGAAUAUCUUUUCAAAACAUGUCAUUUCCCUAGAACUUUUUCAUGACCCUACCUCUACCUAUAUAAGAAAUCAUUUUCUAUAGAGAAACAGAUAAUUAGAGGAAACAAACUUAAUUUCACAGCCUUCCAAAGGCUCAUAAAUAGUUUAAGAUCGAGUCCUUCAGUCCUUGUUCAGGGUUGUCAUUCUUCUGCGUGGAUUCAUCCCAUUUCUAUCAUAGCAUCUGUCUGUAUAGAAUAGACUCUACAUUCCUUUGUUUGCAAACGGUCAUUUGCUCUAUUUGCCCAUUCCCUGGCUUGGGUUUGUAAUUUUCUUUCUACUAGAAAGAACUUGUUAUCACUUGAAGGUCUUCUGCGUUGUGGGAAAAGCUGCCGCCUAAGAUGGACGAAUUACCUCAGGCCGGACAUCAAAAGAGGCCCAUUUACUUUGGAGGAAAAGGAGCUUGUUGUGCAUUUACACAGUCUUCUAGGAAACAGGUGGGCUGCAAUCGCCUGCCAUUUACCUGGGAGGACGGACAAUGAGAUCAAGAACUUGUGGAAUACCCACCUGAAGAAGCACAUGCUUACGCGGCAACCUGGGACCCCCUCUGCUCGGCACAUGGUGCAGUGGGAGAGUGCCAGGGUCGAAGCUGAGGCCCGGCUCUCAAAGGAACCAUCAGAGCUUUUGGUUCCGUCACAGUCUGUGGGGCCCGCAACAGACUUCUUCAUGCGGAUGUGGAAUUCAGAGAUUGGAGAGUCGUUUAGGAUGCUCAACACAAGGGAGAAAGCUGCUGAUGACAAUGGAAGUCUGGCAUGUGAGACUUCUUCUUCAUCAAUGAAAGGAGGCAGCGGGUUGGAAGAAAUGACUUGGACCGAUGAGUUGGAAGAUUCGUCUGAGUUGGCUCUUCAUCUUCUUUUGGAUUUCCCUGCAUACGAUGAUGACAUGAGCUUCUUUGAACUUUGAACUGUUCCUCUGGAGAAGUUGGUGUUUUCGCCUCUCCCUAAAGUGAAAGAGAGACUUCCGAAUCCUGAGCUGGUUGUUUGUGUUUUAGUUUGGCUCCAGCCUGCAUCAACAGCUUUUUUGCAUCUCUUCUUUGUCAGCUCUUGAUGAUGCUUGAGAACAAGACAUCACCAUGUUGUUAUGAUAAAUAACAGUACAAGUCAUUGUCUUAUGUUUUCAGUGUCCCAAUCGUCUUGACCAAUUUUCUACAUUAAACCACGGUUUAAUUUUUUAGUUCAAACCGCAUCGCCAUUCUACACAGUUUGGUUUUAGUUUUCUAUCAAAAUUGUACCCGACCAUGGUGGCCUUUAAUCUAAACAUCUGCUAUCUGUAAUAAACUGUACCAGGUGUGAUAUUCAUAUUUAGACCUUUACUUAUAUGUCCAAUUAUGAUUUUGGC